AUGCCUAUUCACUACGCGAUCAUUGUGGAUGUGGGAUCCGAGCAAAGUCUUGGUGAAUAUCCUCGAAAGAAGAAGGUCCGAGAUGUUGUUCUUCAACAACUUGUUCCGAAAUUAGCAAAAACAAAUUUUAAGAGAUUUUUGACGAGUAAUGAUGCCCAUGUCUUUGUCAAAUGCAGUGGAAAGAAUUUUUUCAUUUGUUUUGCCUCUCCUGACAUGAAACAACGAGUGUGUUGGGGCUUUUUGGAUGAAGUCGACAUGGAAUCAAUGAAGAAUGGAGUUUUCGUUGCCUCCUCCAAAUUAAAAGAUCUUCUCGCGUACUACAAUAAUCCCAUGAAUGACAAAAUUCAACGACUACAAAUGGAAAUUGACACUGUGAAUGAAGUUCAAUCUGAAAAUAUUUCUAAAAUUUUAAAAGCUCAAACCUUGAUCAAUGAUCUCGUGGGUGACACUGAACGAUUGGAUGAUCAAGCUCAAGAAUUUAAAAGACACACACAAAAGGCGAAAUGUUUCAUGUCUCUUGAUCAUCUCUCUAAGGACGUUAUUAGUGAAUUGAAGGAAGUUUUUUCAUUGUUUGAUGAGGAUGGAAAUGGAUCCAUAAGUAUGGAAGAGCUUGGCAAUGUGAUGGAACAGCUGUCAUCGAGGCCUUCCGAUGAAGAGUUAUUGCAUAUGUUUAAAUUGGUUGAUGAAAACCAUGAUGGAAAGAUUGAAUUUGAUGAAUUUGUCAAGCUUUGGACCUCACAAUGUUCUCAACCGACCACAGAUGAGGAGUUAAAACUAUUUUUCGAUACAUUCGAUAAGGACAGGAGUGGUUUCAUUGACAGGAAAGAAAUGGCAGAGAUUCUUGAGGCUAUGGGAGAAACAAUUAGUGAAGAAAAGAUUGACACCAUUCUUCAGGAUUUGAAACUUGACAAAAACCCACAAAUUUCCUUCGAGCAAUUCAAGCAAUUUUUGUCUCAAAAAUAG